AUGGGAUUUGUCUGGAUGAGGCACGGGGUACCGAGGGAAGUUUUAGGCCUGCCAGAUCUGACUGAAGAGAACGAACCGCUCUUUCGUCAAAUGGUCAUUCCGUGUUUCAAACUUCCUUUUGGAAGAGCCUCGUUAUCCUUCGUUGUCGAUCGAUGCGGAGAGUACUGCUCAUUCGUGCCCUGCUAUUUUCUCAAAAACUUUUCAUCUGUGCCUGAGCAAGUGUUCAACCCCAAACUUGUGAUCAUCUCAAGUGCGCAGUCCAAGCGAGCCAAGGCCAGAAAGAUCUUACAAAUUAUCGCCGAACCCGCUACACCUCUGGCGCGAUCCUCCGGCCUCCAGCUCCACGUCGGAUUUUCUCACUGCGGCUGCAUCCUUCUGGAUAUGACGGUCUGUGUCGUAGUCGCUGUGACCGCGUAUUACGCCCUCGCAGUCGCAAGACUCGUGUACGCUUUCAGAGGUAUACCGAGGUUGCCCGAGAACUUCCCUUGCUCUUUCCCGUUGGAUCUUAUUUUUUCGAUGCGACGCUUGCGAAGAAAAUCGAAGAAGCCGCUGGAGAAAGCCAUCACUACUAAAGUAUCGAAAACAAAGAUGUAUCCACGAUGGCUCUAUAAGGCGAUGGAUGUGAUGGUUCCAAAAUGUUACGAUCAACCUGUGGUUUGUUGCAUAAUGGGACCAGUAGGAUUUGUGCUCGCAUGCACUCCUGAGAGUACCGAAGCAUUGCUGUCGAGUGUAUCCAAUGUCAACAAAGGAUUCAGCCAUCACUUUCUGAAACCCUGGUUGGGAAACGGCCUUCUCUCCAACCCUGGGGAUGCGAGCUGGAAAGUACAUCGGAAGAUGCUGACUCCAACAAUGCACUUCCGAAUCCUGGAUGAUUAUCGCCAAACAAUGAACGAAAAUGCACUCCGAUUCGUUGACAAGCUGCGACGAUUGGAUGACAAGGAGGUCGAUAUCUAUCCGAUAAUUCGCAUGUGCACCUUCAGCAUCCUCUUCGAGACCGCUCUCGGAAUACAACUGGACGAGGAUGAUUCGGAACACCUGAAUUUUCUGAGCGAUUGCGAUGAGUUGGCAGACCGGAUUCUCGCCAGGAUCAUCAACAUCCCUCAUUGGUUCGACUGGGUUUUCCGGCACACGUCGGCUGGACGCCAAAUGGACGCUGCUAGCCUGAGAAUCACCGCCUAUAUCAAUAAGGUCAUCGACAUGAAGCUUGCUGCGCAAGAAAACAAUAACGGGACAGGACAGAGUUUCAUCGAUAUCGUCAUAAAAAUGUUCCGCGACGGGCUCCUGAGCCGACAAGACGUCCGAGAUCACGUUGCGACAUUCAUAGUCGGUGGUUUUGAUACAACCGCAACAGCGAUGGCCUACACUCUCCACCUUCUUGCGCUGCACACAGACCUCCAAGAUGAGUUGUUGAGUGAGAUAGAGAGCGUCAUCACAGAUGACAAGAACAUCACCAAGGAACAGCUGAGAAUGUUGACCUUGACCGAGGCCGUCACCAAGGAAUCUAUGCGUCUGUUCCCCCCGCUCCCGAUGAUCACACGAAAUGUCUCCUCUCCCGUCCGCGUUGGCGAGCAUACAAUACCCUCCGGCACAGUUGGCCUCAUCGAUAUCUUCCAUCUCCAUCGGAACCCAAACGUCUGGGAGGAUCCACUUCAAUUCAAUCCCUCCCGGUUUUUCGGAUCGAAGAACAGACACCCUUAUAGCUUCGUCCCGUUUUCCGCAGGACCGAGAAAUUGUAUGGGCCAGAAAUUCGCUAAUCAGGAAGACAAGAUCCUCCUCGUUCACAUGAUCAAGAAUUUCAAGCUCCAUACGAGCCAAGCGACCGAAAACCUCCGAUUGAGUUUCGAUUUGAUACUCAGACCCCUCGACGGCAUAUCGAUCCGCUGCGAACCACGCGAAAUUUUUUGGCGCCCUCAGGCGGAGCAUCGGAACUUGUCGAAGGCAAGACGUGCUCCUGGAAACUAG